AUGAAACAAGCAAAAACCACGACUGCCUUUCUUCUAGCUUCCAUCCUCGCGGUCGGAAAUGGAUUUUCGUUUUCGUCGUGGAAGAAUUCCAAGACGACUUAUUGUCGACGAAAGCCUUGUUUGUUUGUUGGGAAGGAUGGAUGCGAUGCAUUGAAACAAAUUCCUCCAAUGGAUACUCUCCCACCACAUUCAACAGCAAGAAAAACCAUUAAAUCGUUUACAAGGGAGCUGACGAAAUCUGCCAUGGUUGCAGCUGUCGCUACGACAACGUUGACAGCAGGAUCCUCAUAUCUUGCACCAAUGCCAGCGUUUGCAAAAGAUACCAUUGCCAUGGAAACGACUUCCAAAGGCGCAUCGGCGCUAUCAUUCAGGACGUUUCCACCCAGCAUCAUUUCGUCCAUUGAAACAGCUAAUCUAGUCAUUGCCAAUGGUGCCGACGAGGAAACAACGAAUGAUCAUCCACAACAACAACAACAACUGGUGAUGAUGGCUGCGGAUCCUACAACAAAUACUGCUCUACAAGCCACCCGCGGUCACACUAACAAUAACGCAAAUAAAGAUACAACCGCAUUGGCCGCACGAAAAAGGGAACGGACCGGUCCGCAGGGGGAAACAGUUUUACUCGUGCUGCAAGCUCCCACCGUAAAUGACAACAAGAAUCAUGAGCACACUACUACUACUACUACUACUACUACAACUACUACUACAACUACUGCAGCAUUGGCCUCACGGCAAAGGGAACGGGCCGAUCCGCCAGGUGAAACCUACUUGCUGGUACAAGCCACAGCUGUGGAAGAAGCAAACAAUAAUUUCUUGGUCAUGGAAGAAGUAGAACUGACAGAGAAGGCAUCCAUCAUGGAGGAACAAACCUUGGUUGUUGUUGCAGACAUGGCUGUGACUGACGCUUCCGAUCCGGACGACGAAGCCAUUGCAGUAUUCACCGCCGAGCUCACAAAAGAACAAGAAGACAGCAUGGCAGCAAUGGGCGUUGAAAGCGACGAAGAUUUUUCCAGUGAAGGAAGGAGAGGAAACAUGUUUUAG